UCCGCAAGAAGGGAACGGUAGCAGGUAAGAUUACUGUACCUGAUAUGAACUCGAUGUUCCUGAAUUCUUCAAAUGAUAUGUCACGUACACCCAUCCUUUCAAGGCAGAAAACCCACUUGAGUUAAAUACUACUGUGUAUCGCCGAGUCAUGGAUUGAUGUGAGGGUUUUGUUUUAAGGGAUAGUUACCUCCGAACCCUUCCCUCUGCUUUGAGACCUCGUUUUGUGCCUCGCGGGGUGGAGCUGCCUGGUCCCGAUGGCUCUGAACAGCAGACGGGACGCCCCUGACUUCUCACUCCUCAAGAGGCUGGCCCGGGAUCAGCUAAUUUACCUGCUGGAACAGUUACCUGGGAAGAAGGACCUGUUUAUUGAAGCAGAUUUAAUGAGCCCCCUGGAUCGGAUCGCCAAUGUCUCCACACUGAAGCAACAUGAAGUGGAUAAACUAUACAAACUAGAGAACAAGCCUAUUGUAAGCACCUGUGACCAGCUGUGCUUCCUGAUCCGGCCCCGGAUACACAGUGUGAAGUUGAUCGCCGAUAUUGUAAAUACAGACAAAGCAGCUGGGAGAUUUAGAAGGUACAAGAUCAUCUUUAGCCCACAGAAGUUCUACGCCUGCGAGACGAUUCUGGAGGAGCAGGGGAUCUAUGGAGAUGUGAGCUGUGACAAGUGGGAGUUCUAUCUCUUGCCACUGGAUGAUGACAUCAUCAGUCUAGAGUUGCCCGAGUUUUUCAGUGAUUACUUUCUGGAGGGGGACCAGCGCUGGGUGUCCACAGCAGGCAAAGCCUUGCACCUCCUGCACUCAGUUUACGGGUCCUUCUCAAAGGUGUAUGGGAUCGGCAGGUGUGCCAAGAUGACCUAUGAGAUGUGGCGGGAGCUUGUGGAGGAUGGGGAACAGAAACCCCAGCAGCCAGAGGUUGGGAAUGUCUUCCUCAUUGACAGAGAUGUGGAUUUUGUGACUUCGCUGUGCUCCCAGGUUGUAUAUGAAGGACUCGUCGAUGAUAUUUUCAGGAUUAAAUGUGGCGACGUUGAGUUUGGUCCUGAGGUCACUUCCUCUGACAAGAGUUUGAAAGUCAUGUUGAACUCCAGUGAUAAGGUCUUCAAUGAGAUCCGGAAUGAACAUUUCUCCAACGUCUUUGGGUUCCUGAGCCAGAAAGCCAAAAGCCUGCAGACCGCCUACGAUAAGCGCCGUGGAAUGGAUAUCCAACAGAUGAAGACGUUUGUCUCUCAGGAGUUGAAAGGGUUAAAACAGGAGCACCGUCUGCUGAGUCUGCAUAUCAGUGCCUGCGAGUCCAUCAUGAAGAAAAAAACCAAGCAGGACUUUCAGGAGCUGUUGAAAACCGAACAUUGUCUGCUGGAAGGGUUCAAUAUACGAGAGAGCAUCAGCUACAUAGAGGAGCACAUCAACCGACAGGUUUCUUUGACCGAGAGCCUGCGGCUGCUGUGCCUUCUGUCCCUCACUGAGAAUGGUUUAAUUCCUAAAGAUUAUCGAAGCCUCAAAGCUCAGUACCUGCAGAGCUAUGGCACAGAGCACCUCCUCACCUUUGCAAACCUGCGAAAAUUGGGCCUGUUGGUGGAGCAGCAGCCUGGAGACACCAUCAUCGCCAUGGAGAACAAAGUGGGCAAACUCGUCACCGACAAGGCUGUAGGGAAGCUGACAGAUGCCUUUAACUCUUUGGCAAAGAAAAGCAAUUUCCGAGCACUGAGCAAGAAGCUGGCUCUGAUCCCCAAGGUGGAUGGAGAGUACGACCUGCGCACCCCGCCAGACAUGGCCUACAUCUUCAGUGGUGCCUACAUGCCUCUGAGCUGUAAGCUGGUGGAGCAGGUUCUUGAUCACGGAUGGACUGGACUUGAAGAGGUGACUCGUCUGCUCAAUGGGAAUGAGUUUGCAGUCACAGCAGGUGGCAGUGGUGGCGAAGUGAAAACCAAGGACGAUUCCCCGCGGCUCGUCUUUGUCAUGUUCCUGGGAGGCUGCACCUUCUCUGAAAUUUCAGCCCUGAGAUUCCUGGGGAGAAAGAGAGGUUACAAGUUCAUCAUCGUGACGACAGCCAUCACCAACAGUGCCAGGCUGCUGGAGUCCGUGCUGGGCAGUCGGGUGUGACCCUGGGAGUCGUUUCCUGGAACAGGGUUGAUGGAGUGUGGACCCUUCCUACAGAAUGUGAAAAGGGGGCACCGUGAAGCUGGCUGCAGGCGUGCAAACCAGUCUGUAUUGUGCCGAACUGUACAGAAGGAGGAAAAUAGCCAAUGUGUGUUCCUCUGCUUUGUGACCUUUCUGCCAAAAUCGGACUUCGCUCAUUGUUAGCCAAAUGUGUGACUGUAAAUAUCUCAGCCAGUGGUAAAAGACUAUCCGCUCACCUGGGUUAGAGAAUCUUGUUUUUGUGCAGAACUUGCCAGUGCGUGACCUUCAUACUAUACAAAACCCAGUAAUUUAAACUAACUGCUUGUUUCACAGACCCACACUAAUAUUGGUCUACCUUUCAUUAGAUCAGGUAGGGUAGUCCAAUAUAUGUUAUGGAAUGGAUUACUGAAACUACAGCAAAUAAAUGGAAACUGUAAAACUCCAAUCGACUGGAUUUCCACAUACUGUUAACAGACGGGUUUGCUAGUGCUGAAUCCACCUGGGACUGUUCCCAUCAAAAACAAGAAUCAACCCACUUGAGCUGAAGGAAAAGUUCUGCUUAAAGAGGUGAUCCAAUAUUCUCUUACGCUUAACUGGGAUCUUCACAGAGGGUAAGUGAAUUGUACAGAAGACAGAUUGAGAACCCGUUCUCUCCAGUGCAACCUUAAAAAGAAGUGCUUACAUUUUAAAAUCCUGUUUUAAAACCGGUUUUUACACAUGUAAAGAUUCUGCUAUUCUAGUUGUUAUCUUGUAAGUCUAUGUUGGAAAUACCUCUGGAGGUGGUUCCUGUAAAACGUUAUGAGUUUAACACUGUUUUGCAUGUGGUCGUGACUCCUGCAGGAGCAAUCAACCGGCAAAUAAGAAUUGAAGGUCAAGCAAGCAGCACUGUACAUUCACAAAAAUACUUUUUGCUCUUGAGGCUCUUUUAUAUUCACCUGUCUAGAAGCAUUAGUUACCCCAAAAGAUUCACUUAUUUGUGUGGCGAGCCAAUUUUCAUGCAGGGAUAAUGAUUUUUUUUUUUUUUUUAACCCUGCCUAACCAGCCCCCUUUAAGUUUGUGGGGGGGGGGGGGAUAAGAUUCAGAUGCCACUGGCCUUGUCACCUGCCUCAAGUCCUUUGAAUGUGUUAGGAUCAGUGUCCUUCACAGUAAUACCGUACCCUCAACCCUGUAAAAUACUGGAUUGAACGCAAGAGAGAAAUGUGAUUCUCAACAAAGGGAGUGAUUCUACAUUAUGAAUUAUUGGGCCACAUGUAGUAAUCACACAUGUAGUAAUCAUUUGCUAUGGCAUUAUCUGCACAUUUGUUUUCUUAACAACCACAGCAGGAAAACGUGGUUAAUGAUUACAGAAUUUUUUCAUUCCAGUCAAAAUGGUAUUGUCUACUGAAAAGACUUGUUUCUUGACAGUUCCAUUACUUAUACCAGUGUAAUAAAAAAUAAUUUUUCAGCAUGCAUUAUUGUUGACAUUCCGAUUUUCCAGAUUGUAUUGAUUUUUUUUUAUUUCAAUAAAAACAAAAGGAAACCUCA